AACAUCAGUGUGACUGGAAAAGCAGCGACACACACAUACCCAAGUGAGAGUGUUUCCAGUGCACUGACUGUGGAAAGGCCUUUAGCCAGUUGCACAGCCUGAGAAAACAUCACACCAUUCACAGCGGGGAUACCCCUACAAGUGUCCUGUGUGUAGACGAGGCUUCAACUGAUCAACAAACAUGGAGGGACAGAAGGACACCAACACCAUGGAGAAACCAUGGAAAUGCGGGGACUGUGGGAAGGGAUUCCGGAUCCCGUCUGCGCUAGAAAUUCAUCGGCGCGUUCACACUGGGGAGAGGCCAUUCUCCUGCUCGGAGUGUGGGAGGGGAUUCACUCAGUCAUUGCAUCUCGUGGCACACCAGGUCGCUCACACCAGGGAGAGGCUGUUCACCUGCUCUGUGUGUGGGAAAGGAUUCACACAGUCAUCCCACCUCGUGGCCCACCAGAUAGCUCACACCAAGGAGAGGUCAUUCAUCUGCUCUGCUUGUGGGAAGGGAUUCACUCAGUCAUCCCAUCUAGUGGCACACCAGGUAGUUCACACCAGGGAGAGGCCGUUCACUUGCUCAGAGUGUGGGAAGGGAUUCACUCAGUCAUCCCACCUUGUGGCACACCAGGUAGUUCACACCGAAGAGAGGCCCUUCACCUGCUCCGAGUGUGGGAAGGGAUUCAGUCAGUCAUCUCACCUAGUGGCACACCAGGUCGUUCACACCGAGGAGAGACCAUUCACCUGCUCUGAGUGUGGGAAGGGAUUCACUCAGUCAUCUCACCUAGUGGCACACCAGGUCGUUCACACCAGGGAGAGGCCAUUCACCUGCACUGAGUGUGGGAAGGGAUUCGCUCAGUCAUCCCACCUGCUGAGACACCAGGUAGUUCACACCAGGGAAAGGUCGUUCACCUGCUCUGAGUGUGGGAAGGGAUUCACUCAGUCAUCACAUCUUGUGGCACAUCAGCUAGUUCACGCCAGGGAGAGGCCGUUCACCUGCUCUGUGUGUGGGAAGGGUUUCACUCAAUCCUCCCACCUAGUGGCACACCAGGUAGUUCACAUCAGAGAGAGGCCAUUCACCUGUUCCGAGUGUGGAAAGGGAUUCACUCAGUCAUCCCACCUAGUGUCACACCAGGUAGUUCACACCAGGGAGAGGCCUUUCACCUGCUCUGAGUGUGGGAGGGGAUUCACUCAGUCUGCGCACCUAGUGGCACACCAGGUAGUUCACACUGGGGAGAGGCCAUUCACCUGCUCUGUGUGUGGGAAGGGAUUUGCUCAGUCAUCCCACCUUGUAGCACACCAGGUAGUUCACACUGGGGAGAAGCCGUUCACCUGCUCUGAGUGUGGGAAGGGAUUCACUCAAUCAUCCCACCUCGUGGCACACCAGGUAGUUCACACCAGGGAGAGGCCAUUCUCCUGCUCCGAGUGUGGGAAGGGAUUCACUCAGUCAUCCCACCUGGUGGCGCAUCAGGUGGUUCACACCAGGGAGAGGCCGUUCACCUGCUCUGUGUGUGGGAAGGGAUUCACUCAGUCAUCCCACCUGGUGGCACAUCAGGUAGUUCACACCAGGGAGAGGCCGUUGUCCGGCUCUGAGUUUGGGAAGGGAUUCACUCAGCCAUCCAUCCUGUUGACACACCAACGAAUUCACACUGGGAAAGAACAUUCACCCGCCCUCAGUGUGGGAAGGAUUCACUCAGUCAUCCCAUCUGCAGACACACCAGCGAGUUCACAUUGGAGCGAGGCCGUUCAUUUGCUCCAUGUGUGGGAAGGGAUUCGCUCUUUCAUUCUACCUGCUGACACAUCAACAAGUUCACACCAGGGAGAGGCCGUUCACCUGCUCUGAGUGUGGGAAGCGAUUCACUCGGUUAACCAACCUGUUGCGACACCAGCUAGUUCACACCAAUUAGAGACCUUUCUGAUGCUCUGACGAUGGGUGUUAAUUUUGUUAAUGGAGGUUAACAUACUGUUCGAGGGCAUUGAUUGGAUGGUUACAUGAACACAUAUAAAGAAAUACUGACACAUAGUAGGGCAUAGUUAGGAGGCAUAUACCUGUAAUGUUUCACUCUGUGAAUAAAC